AUGGGGGUGGCAUGGAACAGAUUGAAGAAGUUCGCUCCGCAGGCGCUGCUGCUGCUGGUCAUACUACAAGUACCGCUCUUCAGCAUAACAAUAUCCAACCGCCAGGUGGACUCACCCAUUGCUGUCGUCAUCACACAGCUCUGCCACCCCAUCUGGCUGCCACCUGUCCUCCUCUCCGCCGUCGUCUACCCCGGUGAGGUGGCGCGCCACGUGGGCGCCGCCCUGCUGGACGGUGACGUGGCGGCGGUGAUGCGCCUGCCAGCGUGGCACUCCGUGCUGGAGCAGUAUGAGAGGGCGUUCGAUGGUCCAGAGGAUCCCACCGACCCCGGCCUGCCUCUGCUGCGCCUUGAGCUGGUGGUGGGCAGCUAUUUCGCGGUGGGGGGAGCCAUAGCAGCCCAGUUCAGAGCGGCCCGCAUGCCGCUGCUGGGCUACCUGCUGCUGCUCUGGGGGCUGCUGCGCCCCAUAUUGCUCCCUCACACCUACCCCGACCCAUCCAAGGUGCAACCACCGUCCAUCCAGCCCGCCUUCCUCAUCGGCCUUCUGCUGGCUUUCCUCUGCCUGCCCAGCGAGGGGGGCAGCUCAAAGAAAAAACUCAAGCAGGCGACGAUCAAGGCUGGCUCAGAUGCUGCCAAGGUGGAAAAGAAAACUAACUGA